GGCGCAUGCGGGCUGGCGGCGGGCGCGGCGGCGGUGCUCAGGUUGCAGCCGCAGCCCCCGGCCCUCCUUCCUGCCCGCCUCCCCGGGCGGAGAGCACCCGGCCCGGCCGCCUCUUUCCCCCCCUCCCUCCCCUCGUCCCCUUCCCUCUCCCUUCCCUUCCCUCCCGGCCCCGCUGCCAGGGGCGAAGCCGCCCGCCGGGCCCCGCGGAGCUGAACCUCAAGUCCUGCUCUGCUGCCCUAUGCUCACUGCGGGAAGGCCCGGAAUUACAUCACCGACUGUUGGUACUGCUCCAUGCAGUUCAAUGUUCUGAGGUCAUGAAACUUAAUCCACAGCAAGCUCCGUUAUAUGGCGACUCUGUUAUUACAGUGCAGCUGACUGAGGAAGAUAAGGUUGAAGAUGAUGUAGUUUUCUACUUGAUCUUCACUGGGUCAACUGUCCAGCACUGCACAAGCACUAGAAAGAUUAAUCCUGGGAGUCUGGAGACAAUUUCUCCUGGCCAUGACUGCUGUGAGACGGUGAAAGUGGCACUUUGUGCCUCUAAGGAGGGUCGCCCUGUUCUGGUGGUGGCGGAAGAGAGCUUCAAGUUCAUCCAGGAUGAGGCCUACGAUGCAGCCCAGUUUCUGGCCACCUACGCGGGGAACCAGCAGGCACUAAACUUCACCCGCUUCUUGGACCAGUCGAGACCACCUGCUGCAGAUGUGGACAUUUUGGAUGAGAAAGUGGCUUUGGCAUUUCGACACCUGAAACUGCCUGCAGAAUGGAACGUGCUGGGAGCAGAUCAGUCCCUCAACGAGAACAUCCCUCGGGAGACGCUGAUGCAUUUUGCGGUGAGGCAGGGCCUGCUGCGGCUGACGUGGUUUCUGCUCCAGCAGCCGGGAGGAAGAGGAGCGCUCAGCAUCCACAACCGUGAUGGCGCGACGCCCGUCAGCUUGGCCUUGGAGAGGGGCUACCAGAAGUUGCACCAGCUUCUGACCGAAGAGGAAGCCACAGAGCCCGACUCGUGGAGCACCCUGUCUCACACUGUGCACACCGGGGACUACUGCGUCAAGCACCACCAGCAGCUCGAUGUUUACACGCUGACGGCUGGAACCAAGGAAGGGACAAAGGCCAGCCUGGAGAGUGACAUACGGCAGCUUCAGAUGCACAUGCAGAGCCACCAGCACAUGAGUUUAAGGAAGCGGACAAAGACUGCACUGCGAGACUCUGGAAAUAGCUGUGGCAAUGGAGCCGAGCCAGCUGGUCACUCAACUGCUUCAUCUCAAAGCCUAGGAGAAAUGCCAGGAGAAGGAAGGAAGGAAAGUCCAUCUGAUGUCCUUCAUCUUGACAGUGGGCUGCUCUCAGACCAAGCCCACCAGGAGGAUGAGUGCCCCAACGGGUCACUGAUAACUCGUGUUAUUGAUGCACCAAAUGGCACGCAGGGUCUGGGGACCGCGGAGAGCCCAGAGUGCUCCUGUGAAAGCAAAAAUACGGUGACGUUGUGUAAGAAGGAAGAGGAGGGGCCAGCCUCUGCUCAAAGCUCCGGGACUGUAUCUGAUGAGAACGGCUGCACAGUGAGCCCGUGUGCAGGCGUCAACGGUGCUGUAAAUCUCCCAUCCUGUGGAAAUACAGAUGAGGAAGCUGGAAUGACAUCUGCUGGAGUUGAUUUGGAUCAAGCCGGCUUGUGCAGUAAAGAUAGCACCCAUCAGGAAGUGGGAGCUGCCGAGGAGUGUGCAGCUGAAAGUACUGUUGCUGUGGUUGAAACUGCCGGCGAAGCCCCAGCUUCCCGAGAGGGCGUGGAUGUGGCCAUGGGCCAGACCGAGUGCAGGAACUGUGCUGGGGCGGCUGACAGGGCACCGGGCCAGCGGCAGGUAGAGGAUGGGAUGGCUGAGACCCCUGCAACGAGGACUGCAGAUCCAGAAGAGCCAUUGCCAGCUGAGGAAGAACCCACCAGUGCUGCUCAGCCCUUGCUUGAUGGCUUUAAUGGCACUGAGUGUGCAGGUGAAGAGGAUGCAAAUGUGGGAGCGGUACCGGCGUGUGACAGAAAAAGGACAAAUGGUGACACUGAUGUCUCUGUUGGUCUUUGCAAGAGUGGUGAUAACAAAGAGACUGGAGUCUCAGGCACUGAUCUGGUAAACAAUGGAUUUUUGGAAAGUGAGGGUGAUGCCUGUAUCAAGGAGAGGCAGAGAGUCACUGCAAGCACUGGGGCACCACUGCCAGUGGUGAAUGGAGUGAAGAUACCUGUGUGUGUGCCCAAACAUGGUCCUGAUGAGGAAAGCCAAGACAGCAGUGAGAGUGUGGAGCCAGAAGGGCAGGUGGAAGCGGGUAACACAAAUGGCAAAUCCAGCUCACCCUCUCUGGAAGACAGCGUGGAGACUGAUGGCCCUGAUGCUAGAUCUGAAAACGGCAGUAUUGCUGGAACUAAUCAAAGCAGUGAAGAACCCACGCAUUGCCAGGGGAGCGGUGACAUUGCAGAGUGUACAGGCGAAGCCACGGGGGGCAGCGGAGCCCACGACGAUAAGUCAGUGGGAACUGAUACCAGCAGCAGCGGAGAGGGAGGAAGCGUAGAUUCUGCAGACAGAGCUCAGGAAGUUGCUAGCUGCUGCCCUCCUGUUGAUCAGACUGCUGCUAAUGAUGAAAUGGGGGACAAGUUAAAGCUGGAUGACACUCAAGGGAGUGUACAGGAGCGCAGAUUGCUCCCCCUGGAGGAUGCAAGCACGUUCUUGGCAGGGAAGGAGCCUCCAAAAGAUGAAGAGAGAGCUGAAAGUGCUCCAGGGCAAGGGAUGCCCCAUCCUAAUGCAGGAGACCUGGCUGUGGGUCAGGCAGGAGAUGCUGCAGUGGCACCUCCCGGACAGGAGGCACCCCUGUGCUGUAAUGACCCUGGAUUACCUCCAUGUGCCAAGGGUGCAGUCUGUACAGAGGAUAAUUUUGUAGGCACACCCUUUGUCAUUCGUAAUGAAGAAUCUAAACAAAAGCAGGAAGUGGCAGCAGCAGGCUCAGCUGAGCUGGCCCCGCCACGCAGCCGGGAGCGUGGGGGGGUAGCCGGCGUGCUGGAGGACUAUGCAGGGGCCCCGGGCCCUCCCGAGCAGAGCCUACGGCCUCAUGCUGAAGGAGAGACAGCCAAGCCUGAGCUGGAGGCCUCAGACAGCAGCCAGGAGCAGGUUUUGUUGGAGCAUCUGCUUGCCAUGGUUGUGAAAUCCUCUGUCGGCAGUGUAGAGAGGCCCGCAGCCAGCAGCGAUGUGGGUGCUGGGCUGAAGGAGCUGGGCCUUGACCAAGCUGGGACAGCAGAAGCAGGAGAUAGCAUCAUGCAAGGAACUGGGCCAGCGGCAGGGAGUAACCCUUGUCCAGAUGCAGGGCUGCCCCAGGAGCGUGGUCCAAGCCUGCAACACGUCUCCCCACGCAGCAGCACCCCCGAAUUGAAGGAUGCUUCGGAAUUGGAAGCCCCCAGCCUUGCUUUUGAGGCUGAGGAAGCGUUACAGAUAGCAGCGAUAACCUCCAUCGCCGGGUAUGAGGAAGAGCAGGAGGAGAUGGAAAGUGUCCUUCCCAGAGCCACUCUGCAGCCCAUCGCGGAGGAGCCCACGUGUGACAGCGACUCCAGCAGUGACACUGUAGGUCUGGGCGGUGAUGGUGACGCUGCUCCAGCUGCGACAGCGGCACGGGGGUUGGUCACAGCACAGCCUGAGGGUAAGCAAAGCCAAGGCACAUUGGAGCCAACCCCUUCGCCCCGCUCCUCUGGCUUCAACGCUGUUGAGUCACCAGAGCAUGUGGGAGUAAAGAGUUCAGUUUCGGCAGAUGAUGCCUCUUCUCUGGAUAAAGUUCCUAAAAUGGUAAAAAGUUUUGAUGCUGUAGUUUUUGCAGCUGAGACCCCUUCAUCUCCUGGCUUACCAGCUGAAGGAAAAGUGGGGCCUGAGCCCCAGCCUGCAGUGGAUGUGGCAGCCGGCCUUAACGGAGAGGCAGAUUUAAGAUCCUCUGCCAGGAAGGACGUCAGCCAGGCCAUCCCCGGAGCCAAGCCUGCCACAGGGAAGUUGGAAAUGAAGACUGAAGAUGAGGUGGAUUUUAUGAAAGAUCCCAGAGAGAGUGCAGCGUGCGAGGAAGCGAUAAACCGUGAAAGCUGGUGCUCGCUGGAGCCAUGUCCUGACUCUUCACUGCUGGAGCGCAAGCGGACAGGAGAAUCUCCAGAGUGUGAGAACUUCUUGGAGGAUGGGCUGAGCAGUGUCUGUGCCUCAUCACAGGGUGUCCUUAAAAGAGGAUCCGGGAGCGAGUCCGACUUCUUCUCCUUGCCUGGUGAUGGGAUGGAAGAUCUUGUCUUUGGAAAGCAGCCUGAAGAGGAACAGUCUGCAGGAGAUGUCACCAGCUCCAGUUCCUCUGCUGAUGACACCGUGUCCUUGGAGAGGAACUCGUCUCUGGGCAGCGACACAUCCCUGCCCUUCCCACCUGCGGUGAGCUUCGCACAGCCCAAGGACAGGCGCAGCCUGGAUGGGAGCUGCACAAGCAUGGUGGCUGUGGAGGGAGGAGAGGGCGAACUCGCUGGCUUGGGAGAGAAGGAAGAGGAGCUGGACAGUAUCACAGACGUGCCUGCUCCUUCCUCCGUCUCAAGAAAUUCCAUGCGGCCGCUGUCACCUUUCCGUCGCCACAGCUGGGGGCCAGGGAAGAAUGCCACCAAUGAAGCAGAAAUCAAUCAGAGGAGUUCAAUGCGAGUUCUGGGGGAUGGUAUAAAGAAGCCUCCCAUUCAUAGGAGAAGUUUGAGCUGGUGUCCCUCUGGUGUGCAGUUCGCUGCCAUGGGUCCUGACUUUAAUUGUAGAAGUUACAGCCUAGAAGGCCUUGCUGGAGACUCUGGUGAGAACAAGAAGCCCUCUGCAAACCUGGAGGCUGCUUCUCUGAGCUCCAAGGACCUUGGACGCGGCCUGCUCAGCAGCAACCAGCGCGGCUCCCUGGUCUUGCUCUCUGAAGAACUUGAGCAAGGGGAAAUCAGAGGCUAUGAUCACCAGAUGCAUCAAGCACCACACCCACAAGGAUUUAAUUUCUGCACUUCCUCCGUUUCAUCUCCACUGACCAAAUCUAUGUCUCUAAUGUCAAUUAGUAAACCAUCGCUGGACAGUACUCAGGCGUUCGGUGGCCCUGCAGGUUCCUUGGUUCAGAGCAUAUCUGAAGAGAGCAGCAGUGUCCCCUCUAGUAAAAGUGGAACAAAAGUCAGUCGUACCUUCAGCUACCUCAGGAAUAAAAUGUCCAGCAGCAAGAAGAGCAAAGAAAAAGAGAAAGAUAAAGAGAAGACUAAAGAGAAGGACAAAGAUUCCAAGGAAAAGGAAAAAGAUAAGAAGACGUUAAAUGGACACCUCUUCACUGCAACCUCUGUUGUAGCCCAAGCAAUCUGUUACCACUGUAUGAAGCCUUUCAAUAAGGAUUCGUACUACUGUGCAAAUUGCAAUGCAAUUGUUCACAAAGGCUGUAAGGAGAGCUUUGCUUCCUGUGCAAAGGUGAAAAUGAAGCCACAGAGAGGAAUGCUGCAGGCACAUGAUACCUCUUCGUUACCCACAGUGACCAUGAGAAACAAAGGCUCGCAACCUAAGGAGCGCCCUCGCUCCGCAAUACUUGCUCCCGACGAAAACACCGUCACCUCCAUAUUCAAUAACAGGAGAUCGCAGCAGCCUACAGCACUUUCAAAAAGUGUCUCGAUACAGAACAUUGCAGGGGUUGGGAAUGAUGACAGCUUAAUACACACUUGGAAAUUUCUGUCACAGUCCACGGACUCUUUACAUAAAAUUAGCCGGGUGAAUGAAUCCACAGAGUCAUUAGUUGAUGAAGGUGCAGACAUGAAUGAAGGACAGCUGAUGGGAGACCUGGAACUAGAUUCCAAGCAGCUGGAGGCAGAGUCCUGGAGCCAAGCAGUGGACAGCCUGUUCCUACAGCAGCAAAACAGGGAUGUUGUCAAACGGCAAGAUGUCAUUUAUGAGCUCAUGCAGACAGAAAUGCAUCAUGUCCGCACCCUGAAGAUAAUGAACGAUGUGUACAGCGCAGGGAUGCUACAGGAGCUGCAAUACGACCAGCAAGUUGUGGACAAGAUCUUUCCCUGCCUGGAGAACUUGCUGCACAUACACAGUCAAUUCUUCCAGCGGAUUCUGGAAAGGAAGAAGGAGUCAUUGGCGGACAAAAGUGAAAAGAACUUUGUUAUCAAGAGGAUAGGUGACAUCCUGGUGAAUCAGUUCUCCGGAGAGAACGCUGAGAGAAUGAAGAAGACAUAUGGCAAAUUCUGUGGGCAUCACAAUGAGGCAGUAAAUUACUUCAAAGAUCUGUACUCAAAGGACAAGCGUUUCCAGGCUUUUGUCAAGAAAAAAAUGAGCACAUCCCUGGUGAGACGCCUUGGGAUUUCUGAAUGUAUCUUGUUGGUAACACAGAGAAUCACAAAGUACCCGGUCCUGUUACAGAGGAUAUUGCAGUACACCACAGAAAAUGAAGUGGAACAUGAGGACUUGACUCAGUCAUUAAACCUGGUUAAAGAUGUGAUUGCCGCAGUCAAUAGCAAAGUCAGUAACUAUGAAAAGAAAAUGCGCCUUGAUGAGAUUUACAACCGGACGGACAGCAAGUCCAUCAUGAGGAUGAAGAGUGGUCAGAUGUUUGCAAGAGAGGACUUGAGACAUCGGAAGCUCAUCCGAGAUGGGCCUGUUUCACUGAAAAAUGCAGCAGGACGGUUAAAAGAAGUCCAGGCUGUUCUCCUCUCUGACAUGCUCAUAUUCCUUCAGGAGAAGGACCAGAAAUAUGUCUUUGCCUCACUGGACCAGAAAUCCACUGUGAUCUCUCUGAAGAAGCUGAUCGUACGGGAAGUGGCUCACGAAGAGAAGGGUUUGUUCCUGAUCAGUAUGGGUGUGAAAGAUCCCGAAAUGGUGGAAGUGCAUGCCAGCUCCAAAGAAGAGCGUAACGGCUGGAUACAGAUCAUUCAAGACACAAUAAGUACCAUGGAUAAGGAUGAGGAUGAAGGAGUCCCUUGUGAGUCUGAAUUUGAAAAGAAAUUGUCAGACACAAGAAUGAGAGCGCUGAAAGAACAACUUCAGCAGAAGGAUAGGCAGAUCCUCCUCUUGCUGGAGGAAAAGGCCAAAAUCUUCAGUGACAUGGCAGACUCCUCUAUGCAAGAGGACAUGCCGGGUUCCAGACUGCUCUUCAGAGCCAACACUGAAGAAGCACCAAAAGGAGAGGCCAUCAUGAAAACUGCAAUAAAUGAAGUGGAACUGCUGCAAGACCUGGUGAACAGGAACCUGGGCAGCACCCUCGUGCAGCAGCUCAGCAGUGCUGCCAUUGACGAAGAAGGAGGAGUUGGCCCCAUCUCUCUUCCUAAAAGGGCAGAAACUUUUGGAGGAUUUGACAGUCACCAGAUGAACGCCUCCAAGGGUGGAACGAAGGAUGAAGGCGACGAUGCUCAGGACCUACGGAGAACAGAGUCGGACGGUGUUUUAAAAAAGGCUGGAAAUGCUAACCUGAUGUUCAUAUUGAAAAGGAACAGUGAGCAGGUCCUCCAAAGCGUUACCAGCCUCCAUAAGCUGCUCAGCGCUCUGCAGGGUGUUGUCCUGCAGCAGGACACCUACAUCGAGGGCCAGAAGCUGGCCUUGAGUGAGAGGGCUCUGUCCCGAGGCUUCUUCCGCCCGACCUCGCUGCUGGAGCAGGAGAAGCAGCGCAACCUGGAGAAGCAGCGCCAGGAGCUCGCCAACCUGAAGAAGCAGCAGGCUCAGCACCAGGAGGAGAAGCGGAGGGCAGAGAAGGAGUGUGAAGCGCGGGAGAAGAAGCUGGCAGAGCUGGAAGUCCAACUGGCCAAGAGGGAGGAGGAAAUCCAGAAAGGGUGGCAGGAGCUGGAGUGCAGGCGGGAGGAGCUGCGGCAGUUGAAAGCCUCCUACCAGCUUGAAAUGGAGAAGCUUCUCAGUAAGCAGAAGCAGGUGGAUAAGGAGCGGGAGCAACUCAGGAAGGACAUGGAGCGACAACCUCAAAUGUGGUUGGAACAUGAUGACAACCAGGUGUCAAAUCGACACGAGAAACUUGCAAGGGUUUGCUCCCAGUCCAGCCUCGAAGGCACCUCCAAGCAGAAGAGCCCCUCGUUCCCUAAGCAAGGGCACUCUGAUGCAGAACUGUCUGUCUCCCCCAAAAGGAACAAUCUUUCAAGGACACACAAAGAGAAAAGCACUUCCCAUUUGCUUAGCACAACAAACCAGACUAACAAGGCAGCUGAGGAACAGCCCCAGAUGCCUACCCGCCUCUUCAGUUUAUCCAAACCAAAGGAAAAGAAGGAAAAGAAGAAAAAGGGCAGGGGACAUCGCUCCCAGGAAUCCGCUUGCUCUGCUUCAGAGGGGAUCAUGCUUCCACGCUUUCAGAGCCUGCUUGGAGUCUUCCCGUGUACCUCAAGAUGCUUCGGCAGCAUUGCUGACAUUUCUAGUACUGUUCUAGUUUAUUCUCAUUCAUCAGAAGCACCUCCAGAGGGUGAGGAGAUCUUCUGCUGAGUGGGGACAGCUCCAUCGGUCACUCUCAGCUUUCGUACAGCGGACAUCUCCCUGCCCGAUCCACAGCACAGUGCUGGUGCCUGCAUCCGACAAGCAUCUGGAGGUUUUCAUUAAAAUGUUAUGAAAGUUUAUAAAGUGGUGGGAAGGGGCCUCUUUCCUUGGGUUUGCGUGAAUUGUCGCUGCAGAGGCUUCCCGCACAGCAAGUGGUACCAUCUCCCUGUGCAAACCUGGAUUCAGGUCUGUUGGGACGGAUGUUUGCAGUCUGCUCGUACUGCUAAGGGAUGAGAGAACAAAGCCUUAAGGGGUCUGUGCCUUCGUAUUCCCCUUUUGUGGGGAAGAUAACCAAAACCAAGCAUUCAGAAAAAGAUUAGGACUCUACAAAUGGUGCGUACACACUGGCGUAUAUAGAUAUACUGUACAUACCCAUCUCUGUAUCUCUGUAUCCACUGGGAUAUGCUGAGGUCUGUACAGCCAAGCUUAGCUCGGCCCACGGGGAUAGGUGACGCCUGAUGACUUUCAGGGAGUGUGUAGAUAUCAAAUAUCUUGCCCUUACUGCCCCGGCUGUAACACCGCUGACUCGCACACCCCUUGGUGCUCAUGGCAUGGGUGCUGGGAUUCAGCAAGGUACUGCACACCAGGGAAGAGUAACAGUGUUCAAAAGAAAAAUUCAGGAAACAAAUAAAAUCAAAGAUACUUCCAAAAGAUUUAUGUGGGGCGGACGAGUUAUGUGUCAAAGUGUUUCCAGAAUCAAGCAGAACUUGGGGUAUAUUUAAAGUGAUGCAGAAAAGAGAAACUGGGGAGGCUUGGAAGGCAACUCUAGGAAGCCAGGAGAGAAGGUCUUUAAGUAGGAAAAACUCUAAGCAGCUUUUUUUAAGCACUCUCUUGGAGCUACAGCUCACUCCUUCCCAUCUCUUACGUAAAGAUUUGUUUUGCUUGGAUCUAUUUCUCCAGUUGUCUGACAUCCCUUCAGACAAGCCUGAUGGCUUAUGGGAGUGGUGGCUGGAAAUCUGCUUUGAGGGACCUUGGUUCUGUUAUGUGUUUUCUUUCCCCCUCUCUUUAUGUUACUGCCAGGCUUCUGUUCCUCCGGAUUUUGUCAGCUUCUCCAGCUUGUUUCUAAGGCAGAGCACCAGCGAUUUCAGGGCACGUUGGUGAGACAGGUCAGAGCAGAGUGAACUCUGAGGAGACAGCUUCUCAGUCCCACGCCUCUACAACACUGUGCCCUUGUUUCUGGGGAGGAAAAUAAAUUUGCCUCAACAAAACCGCUGUGCAGCAGGUCCUAAGGCCGGCAUGCCAGGUGCGUGUCCCUCGCUGUGUGAGUGCAUCCGUGUCUGUGUCAGCCUCAGCAGAAGGGGAAGGUUCGAGGACAGCUCUCCAUGCAGAAUCAUAGAGUCUUUUCGGCUGGAAAAACCUCUAGCGUCAUCAAGCCCAGUUGUUCGCCUAGCACUGCCAAGUCUGCCACUAAAGCGGCAUAUGCCGACGGUGAGGUGUUUGUACACCUGUGGAGUACCACAGGGAAGAGGAAUGCAGCAAGCCAGUUCUGUUCCCUGCAUGAUUGUUCCAGACCCUCUGAGGUCAACUGGCCGAGUGGAUCUGUGAAUGGAGAUAGGACGUUAUCAGCUCCAAAAUAACCCAAAGGUUUGCUCCGAGUUGGAUGCAUUUCCUUUCCUACCAGUUUUGCUGUAAUCAAAACCAAAACCAUACAACACAACAAUUCUUUAGUUGCACUGUUGUUUGAUUUCGCUUCUCCCAAGCUAGGAACACCAGCAGUUGUCAGAGCUGGAGUCUGAUGCAGAUCAGCAGCGUUGCAGGUGAGAGGGGUGCUCCCGUGGUCUGUGCAGGUCUCUGCUGGAGCCCUGAGCCGCCUGCUUGCUUUUGAAGCUCUCUGAACUACUAAAAUGCAAAAAAGAAAAAAAAAAAAAAAAAAAAAAAGGAAGAAAGGAAAAGGGUUGAGAUUUAAUUUUUAUUUUGCUUUUUUUUUUAAUGUUAUUUGGUGCUCGUUCUUAAUUGCAAGCGGGGCUUGCAAAAUUAUUUAUCUUUCUGUUUAUUUGAAAGAGUUCUUUUUUUAAAAGAAGUUUACUUGGUUUUAUUUUUUUAUUUUGCUUUUGUUUGGGGGUUGGGGGUUGGUUUGGUUUUUUUCUUCCCUUUUUUUUUUUUCUGUUUUGUUUUUAUUUUCUUACCAAGAGAAGAUUGGUAAAUCCAACAUUCUGAUCUCCCUGGUUCCUACCCAACCAGGGUUUGGGCAGUGCCAUGCCCACAGUUACAUGAUUUCAACUGAGAGCUUUCUAUAAGGCAGAGCAUCUUUGGGCUGGAAAAGUCUGGGAAAGAGAAUCAGUGACUUCAGACAAGAGUCCUCCUAUCAGCUCUUUUCUUUGGUUAAAUAUUUUCCUUAGGUUUUCUUAUGCUUCUUGGAGGCAAAGGGAGAGCAAAACACGAGGUUCUGCAGUGCUGUGAGGGCCUGGGUGGAUGUCCAGGUGGAUCCGGGCAGCUCCUCUUGUCUGGAAGUUUUGUUGUUACCUUCUCAACGAGAAAAGCACCCGUUGAACAGGCUAACUUCUGCCCCACUAUUUGCAUGGCUGGGAAAACACAUGUGCCAAGCUGAAGUUUUUGGAAACCAAACCAGUGCAUGGCUCAUUUACUGUUGUAUAAACAGAGAUCAGGCCCUCGGUAUUUCUGAGCACUCCCUGGAGUCUAUAAUAGCCUUUGCCAGUCUGAGCUUUUCUUCUCAUCCCAGUGUCUUUUCCCCAGCAUUGCUUGAAGUCACAAAGCAGGGAAACAUUCUGUAGCUCUGAGAAGGGCCUCAGUAGGGAGACCCAGGGCAGCAGGGCCGAGUCCGCCUGGUUUCAGUCCCUCUUCUGACCUGUGCACUCCAAAACGAGCACCCAGGGCCCUCGCUGGAAGCAGUACUUGCUACAUGAGCUCUGAAGGCCCGUUUGUCAAAGAUACCGUGGGUUUGAAUCAGAAUUAUCCUGAAGGAAAAUACAUCAAAGCUGUUUGCGUCUGACAUCCCAGUGGGCAGACCUUUGUCCCUGGAGGAUGUACAUUGCUACAUGACUCACUUUAUUUGGAUUGAAGCCUCUACUCCCACACUGCUGCUUCCUUCUGUUACCUUUAGGAAGGUGAGGACUUGUUUUUACUUCUUCAGCCUUUUGUUUUUUUCCCACUCAGGUUUUCUUUGGAAACACUUGGCAUAGGUUCCCAGAGUCUGAUUCCCACUCUGAUCCCUGCGGAUUGCCUAAGGUUGUCUGCUAGACCACGGUCCCAGUUUUACAGCCCCUUUUCCCAGCCUUAAAUCGUGUUUGCUUCAGUUCCGGGCCUGGCCCUCAUCCUGCAGGUGCUGGGAGCAUGUUUUUCCUUCAGCCCAACCUGACGCUGGGCCUGGUUCCCACUGAGAGAACCCAAACCUCCUCAUCCUGUGUGGGGUUCCUGGGGCACGGAACAGUUUUGGCAGUGUCUCACAUGAAGUACAAAGGUGGUCAGUAUCAGCCAGGAGACCCCGGGAGCAGGGAGCAGUUGUAGGUGUAGGACUUGGUGGAGAUGUGUGGGGUUUGCCUUAGUUUCUUUUAAAUGCCGUGAUCAUCUCAGCAUGUAACUUUCUGUCAGUUUGAUGCCUUAAAGCACUUUAAAUGGAACUGGUGGUGUCACUUUUCAGUUCAGUUAUGUGGAGACAAUCAGCUGUGUAGUUGCUUUCCCCUCUGCAUGCCCAGCACGGCCCGAGCUGCACAGAGCAGUGUUACCAGCACUGGCCUGCCCUUGUUCUGGGAGGGGACAAAGGGCCAAGCGUUUUGUAUCAUUAUUAGACCAAAGUGGCUGUGAACAUGAUGACAGACCCACCGCAGGGUGAGCCCUUUCCCCAUGGGAGAGCCCAGCAGUCAUUUGCUCACGAAGCCCCCUGGCCUCACACCAUGGCACUUAGGAGCAGGCACCAGGAGCGGAGCAGUUGGCUUCUGAUGGCCCGGCUGUGUCGCCCUGUGUGACCCCACACCACCACCCUCCUCCUCCUUAUUCCUGGAGUUUGACCACUGCUGAGAAGCAAUGCCAUGAGCUUGAGCUGGUUUGUACGGCCUUCCAAAGGCAAGAGCAUCUGUAGAGCCUGAAGUCUUUGCACCUUCCUUGCUGCAUUAGGAUAUCUCAAAGCUGUUAGCGAAACGCCCGAACCCAGUCCUUCCCAUUGCCACUGGGUCAGGAGAGGUUCAUCAGGUGCCAAACACCAUGGAAGCUGUGCAGGGUGUCUGGCACGGAGCAAGGGAGGAAUGGGGAGGGGGUACAGGAGAGAGCAUCUGCUUAAAUCCCACAAAACAUUCCUUGUUAACCAGAACUCUGGAAGUUAUUCUGCCUGCUGGCCAGGUUUGGGAAUUCAACGUAAUUUAAGGCAUCCUUUUAAAGAAAAAAAACCUCCCCUGCUGCUCCUAACUCUUGCAUCGCUUCUCAGAAGGGGCAGCAAUCAGCGAUGAGUUCUUGAUCCAACGAUGCAGCUAAGUUUUAAAGAUAGGCGAGCUGAACUGGUGACACCUCUGGCUCCUGGGUCACGGGAAGCACAGCGCUGGCUCCCAGCCCACCUGCAUUUUGGGGGCUCGGUGCCUUUCCUUCCACACGCAUUUCACUGACACUGAUGCUUUGCCCAAAUAUAUUCUGCUUCCUUCGCUUGGGGGGUGGGGGGCAGGAUGACGUUCACUGCUUGGCGUACAGCUGUGAGCUUUGUAUGUAUUUAAGCUGUCUGUAGGUAUCAACCAUUUCCAUGCUCUGAAGUAUUUUACUGUUCUGUCGAUAUUAAACGGUGACUCAAAAAGAAAAUAAAAAAAAAAAUCUUACGUCCAGUUCAGUUCGCCUAUGGUUAAAGUUUAGCCUGGUGUUUAUGUUGUACUAAUACGGAAUGCACUUGAGUAAUUCCCAGAGCGUUGAGGAGGUGUAUUAGAACAACCCGAUGUACCUCUGCUUUUGGUUUGUUUCUUUAAAAAAAAAAAAGAGAGAGAAAAAAUAUGCUUUGCAUUUUCAUGUUGAACCCGUAAAAGUUUAAAAAAAAAAAAGUUUAAAAAAAAAAAAGGAAUUUUUAAAAAAGAGGGUAAAACCUAAUUGCUGUAUGUUAAUUUGUAAUUAUGUAAAAAGUGAGCAGGUUAUUGACUGUAAAAUUCUUCAGUUUUUCUGUAACUUGCCAGAAACCAUUUGGUUUUGUAACAAGCUUUUAUUUAUCUUCCUUUUUAGUUAUCAGCAUCAACCUCUUGUAAAGUCAUUUUUCCUCUAAAUAAAUUUGAUUUUAAGUCUGA